CCGACGACCACAUGCGCUUCCGUUUCCAGGUCUUGCUUCCGGAAGUCCCUUUCCGAGGCGGCCUUCCUAGUCGUGUGGUCUUUGUGACUUCCACCAUGGCGUAUCGCGGCCAGGGCCAGAAGGUGCAGAAGGUGAUGGUGCAGCCCAUCAACCUUAUCUUCAGAUACUUGCAAAAUAGAUCUCGAAUUCAGGUGUGGCUGUAUGAACAAGUGAAUAUGCGGAUAGAGGGCUGUAUUAUUGGCUUUGAUGAAUACAUGAACCUUGUAUUAGAUGAUGCAGAAGAGAUUCAUUCUAAAACAAAGUCAAGAAAACAACUGGGUCGGAUCAUGCUAAAAGGAGAUAAUAUUACUCUGCUCCAAAGUGUUUCCAACUAGUAAUGAAUGGUCAAGCAUGGGGAAGCUGAGAAGGCACCUCAGUGUGUUUAAAGGUGUCUUCUACUGCAAGCUAUAUUUACUCUACUUGUUUUACUUGCACAUUAUUUUCGGGUGACAAUAAAUGCAGUUAGAUUGUUUUUGUUACAA